UAUAUCACAGAACUUUUUUCCUAGAUAAGGGGCGGAAAUUUGUCCAUUAUUAACCGUUAUUUUAUUUACUGACCGUAGUGUCUAGUUUGCUGCGUAUGAGUGAAUUAAGAGUCAACAGGUAGAUGCCUCUAGUGAUUUAUACUGGAACGACCUUUUUUUAAUAAAUUUGUCGCCAUUAAAAAUUAUUGAUACCUAGGGCGCGUGUGUAGUACAACAAUGUUUUUUAACUGAAAACACAUUAUAUAUUUUUCUAUUCCAAAUUAUUCUUAUCAAUUCUUCGCAACCGUUAAAAAAAAAAAAAAUAAACAUAAUAACAUUUUGGCUUUUGCAAGUUGCUACACGCUUUUGACAGCGAAGUUCGACGUUUUUUAUUUUAAUAAAAUAAAAUAUUGUCACAAUCGUGUAAUGUCACCGGUUCCUUUUUUUAUAACAAUACCAGCACUUACCUAUUUUUUUUAUAAAUACCGAUGACACCGAUGACGAUUUUCCAAUAUCAAACGAUUACGGUAAAAUAGUGAUCGAACAUCCGUCAUUAUGUCAGAACUAACAGCCGAUGAGUUUUCUCGGAUGUUGGCGGCAAUAAACGACUACAACAACAUCAAAUACAAACAAUAUCGUGUCGCGUUUAAGUUGAACGUCAUUCAAAAAUUUACAAAUUUGGACCGAGUACCGUUGUAUAUACUAAAUGGAGUCUACGAACAGCAUAAAGGAAAUGAGCAAAACCUUAUAGAUAAAAGUACGUUAGAAGAUAUUAUAUCCGACGUAUUUUUUGCAGUAAAAAGAGACAACCCCGAUUUGAAAAUGAAUGAAGAAACAUCUACUUUGAGUUUAGUCAAGAUCUUAGGGCAAAUAUUUUCUAAGUAUUCUACCAAAAAAAUAAAUCUAAGAUCUGCUUUAACGGUAAUAACGUGUUUACUAUGCGAUCGGCUGCGAUCGAGACUAGGUUAUUUGUUUCAAAUCAAUUGUGUUAAAUUAGGAUUUACCAAAGACUGUUUAAAGUACUUACUAAGAGAUCUUAGUUUGUUACUUAGUUUCUUGUGUGAAAACAAUGUUUUCGAAUCAAUAUCGAUCGAUAGCGUUGUCGAUGCAUGUUUUAGUAAGUUUCAUAAUCCAAUCACUAUCGAUGAAGGUCAGUUUAUGCAAUGGUUCAUGACAGAACCACCUGUAUUAGAGUGGUUACAAAUUUUCUAUCGAUUAAAAAUGGCAGAAAAUGUCGAUCACAAUGUCAGUUGCAAAGUUUGCAAAUCGUCCGUAAUAGGUCUCCGUUACUUUUGUUUGAAGUGUGUGAAUUACAACCAAUGUCAAAAGUGCUUUUUGGUCGGCGCCACAAAUAAAAAACACAAAUUGAAACACGCUAUGCAAGAAUAUUGCUGGUUGGAAACACCUCAACAGUUGUACACUCAGUAUUUAAAAUCGUUUUUAGGAAGGCUUUUUGGCUUAACUUCCAAGAUGAAAUAUCUUCCCGUCGAUACACCGUGUGAAGAAAUUGGAGAACCGAAUCAAAACGGUGUGUGGGCUAGAGAAUCGAGCUCGUCAUUAGAUUCGGCUACAGUUAAGUCGCCUCGUCAAGAACUGCAGAGUGUCAUAUCUCAAAUCGAAAGAGAAAACCGAUUGCUGGAAAUCAAAGUGAACACUCUAAAACGUGGCGACUCUCAAUUUGAAGUAUUUUUGAAUCAACACAGAAGCAAAAUCGAACGACAGCUUACCCGACUAAAACAUUUAAAAAAUCAUUUGAGCGGUACGUUCAGCCGUGGAAAAAUGAAACGCAUGCAGAGCACGCCUCUCUUGCUGUCCAGACCAGCGGGCGUGGACCACCACAAGGAGACAAUAGCGGUGGCCAAUCUGUCUCCCAUUUAUUCAGAUGCGACAGGUGGUUCGUCUUCGGCGUUGGCUCCCAGUAAUUGCAUUAGCGCUCUGAGCACUUUGUAUGCCGAAAAACUCGGCGGUGAGUUCACUGUCAAGUCGGAUGUAAACGAAUUUUCACAUUGGCUGGGCCCGAAGAGGGCGGUCAACAUGUACGACGACCAAAUGUUAAACGGCACAUACGUGGAGCAGCCCAAACUACCGGAAACCCGUGCGCACAUUUCCGGCAACAAAGAGAACGUGGACGAGCAGCAGCGGACCGGAAGCGGCAGCUUGUCGAGGUGCACCGAACCGGCAGCCGACGUGCUGUCGGACAUCGUCAACAAACAACAGACGUGUGCGAACAAAAUCGCCAUUACCGUAAACAAGCAAUCGUCGGUUUGGCUCAACGGCAGCGCUGAGGAUCCGGACAGCAGAGCCGCCCAAGAAGACAUUAUGGAUGAUAAGGACAUGGAGAAAUUGCACACCGAGUUGGACAAAAUCCUAGACGAGUUACAAAAAUUAGUAACUUAAAAAUUAACUUUAUUUCGACCCAUCUCUCUACCACUACUACCCCCCCCCCCCAACUCUAUUCGUUGGCUACGGCUGUAUCCUACGAUUUUGAAAUCAACGACAUUAUCAGCUAUAUUAUAAUAUAGUUUUAUAUUCAUGUAUAUUUAUUUUUAUAUAUUUAUAGUAUAAAUUUAUAAUAUUAUAAUAAUAAAAAAAAAAACACGGAGAGCGACUAUAUA